GGUCACAUUGUUGACGUGUUGUUAAAUUUUGAUUGUAAUUCGUAAAUUCAUGAAUUGUGCUUAAAUUAAAGUGAUUAUGUCUCAGUUUGGCGGCCCCAACGACUUCUACGGCUCUGCGCCCUCGGCAGAUGCCAGCUACAACUUCGACAUGCCGGAAUUUGGUCAGGAACUGAACUUCCAAACCUUCGACAACACACAGGCCUCGGUGCCGCCCAACUAUGAUGCGACCUACGCACAGCCUGCGAAUCAAGGACUGGGCGGAUUCUACGAUCCCACGGCCUACUCCGAUCCCAGUUUCAGCCAGGACAAGAGCGGGAAGCAAGGCGCCGCCGGAGGAGCCGGCAACGAGUUUGACGACGAACCCCCACUUUUGGAGGAACUGGGCAUCAAUCCGAAUCACAUCUUCCAAAAGACGCUCGCCGUGCUGAAUCCUUUGCGGGGCACCGACCAGCAAAUCCUACAGGACACGGACAUGGCUGGACCACUGGUCUUUUGUCUCACACUUGGCGGCUUCCUGCUACUGAGCGGCAAGGUGACGUUCUCGUACAUCUACGGAAUCGGCGUGAUGGGCUGCAUCUUCUUCUACUGCCUGCUGUCCCUGAUGGUCAGCCGGUCGCAGGUGACCUUCGGGGCGGUGGCCUCCGUGCUGGGCUAUUGUCUGCUGCCCAUGGUGGUGCUGUCGGGCAUCAACAUUUUAAUCACCAUUCAGGGCACACUCGGCCUAAUUGUGAGCGGCAUCUCCAUAUUCUGGUGCGCCAUAUCGGCCUCGAAACUGUUCGCCACCGCCUUCUCCAUGGACCAUCAACAGCUGCUGAUUGCCUAUCCGUGUGCGGUGCUCUAUGGAGGAUUUGCGUUGAUUACCAUUUACUAGGACCACGGGCGCCCGUCUGCUAUUCCACACACACC